AUGGUCAUCGUCGCCAUAUCACCUCAGCGGCAAGUCAACGGCGCGUCAUGGUUGAUCUUGACCGCCUUCACUAAUCUUGACAUCGCGUCCAAACCGCUGAAAGAGUCUUGCCUCCCUUUCCUGACCAACGCAAGACACGGGAAACUUGAGCAUGGUUACAACGGUACCGGUAGCGUGACGAGUCAUCGCUCAGCCCUACCUGCUCAUGACGUCAUAUCAGGAGAGCUGGGCGGGUUUUACCCGUUUUCCCCUCCAAAUGUCGACGCCGUCGUGACCACAUCUUCUCUACAAUCGCGACACCCUGCGGCAGUGCUCGAAGUGCUGACGGCUAUAUUGUCCGAAAAUGACAUCAUUCGUUCGCUUCUCCGUGUCAGAUGUCAGAUGGCCCCGAGAUGCCGGAUGCUUCCUGAUCCAACUGGCCGGGUCUCGCGGGACGUGCAGCAGAUCAACGUUAGCGCUGUACUGAAGACAUUUACGCGGAGACCCGAAGAUUCUAUGAACAGACCUCUACCACUGGGCGAGAUGGUCGACGACUCGACUUGUCGACACGAUAUUCACCGUCAUGCUAUCGGGAAGACCAAGAAGGCGGAAGAAAGGUCGGAAUGGGCCAAGAAUAGCAUUAUAUCAAGGCAACAGCCGACAGGGGACGAUGUCACAAAUGUGGAUGAGAUCAUGAGCUGCCGGUCCGGUGUAGAUAACCGUAGUCCGAUGCUGAGCUUAUGUCCCCACCCGAGUCCGAUCCGAAGACUGUGGGUCCGGGGCAUCCGCACGUCCAUCAUCGACACCUCAAACCCGUCUGUUGAAGAGCCGAAUCACCCGAGCUGGCUGGCGGCUGGCCCGGUGUGGUCGGCUAACUCGGCUCGUGAACGGUUCGACCCGGGACAUCUAUGGGGCCCUCCCGGUAUUCGGACUCGGAAGCCACGGGCCGAGGGUCACCCAAAGAAACCGGUGCACCACCGCGUCUCCGAAGAAGCCGACUCAAGAGUUGACAGGGAGACAAGCUGCAUGUUCCACGCCUCUAUAUCUGCCCGCAACCCAGCCACCCGGACGCGCAAGUCCAUCGGCAUGGCAUGUUUCCUGCUGAUCCUCCUCGCGCCCGCUGCGUCUCAGGGCCACCCUAGAUUUGUUCGUGUCCUCGUACAAUGCACCGCUGCUCGAGACACGUUGAAUUGCGAUUUUAUCGUUCAUCAGCGGGUUACGACAUUUUCUCGUUGUUCCGUGGCGUUGGCGACUGGCAUGUCUCCGUGAAGAUGAGGGCAUGGUUUUCUUUCCUAUUUUUCUUCUUCUUUUUUCAUCAC